AUGGGCUUCACCAAGAUAUCCGAAGAGACGGGCAAUUCAUUUUGCAACUUGCUUGAAUAUGCUGCCAACAAUGAUGUCGAAGCUUUCAAGAGAUCCAUCGAGCUCGACCUGUCCUGUGUCGAUGAGCCUGGACCUUGGUACGUCCGCAAGAUGGGUUCAAAGCAUAUCACUUCAGAAGAACGAACUCCGCUGAUGGUAGCUGCAACCUAUGGAAGCCUCGAUGUGCUGAAGCUGCUAGUUGCUCUUCCUGAAGUCGAUCUCAACAGGCUGUGUGGCCGUGACAAGUGGACUGCUCUCCACUGUGCUGCCUUUGGGUGUUCUGUCAACGCAUAUCACGUAAUUAAGCUUCUGUUAUCUGCUGGUGCCGACCCCAACGUUAUGGACUCGACUGGCCGACGCCCGGCUGAUGUAAUCGUAGUCCCUCCGAAGCUUCCUGGCGGGAAGGCCGCCAUUGAAGACUUGCUCGUGAACAAUAGUUUUGAUGGGCCUGUCGCGGAUUGCAAUCUACGGGUCUCCAUAUCUACCUCAAACGCGUCUUCACCCGUGCUAUCAUCGUCCUCCGAAAGCCGUUCCCCAUUUUCUCCGUCCUACUCACCAAAGCAGCUUCCCGCCACGAACACCACCAUCUCGGAAAAGAAACAGUAUCCAGUCGACCCCUCUCUUCCCGACAUCCGGAACAGCAUCUACUCGACCGACGAGUUCCGGAUGUUCUCGUUCAAAGUCCGGCCUUGCUCGAGAGCCUACUCCCACGACUGGACCGAGUGCCCCUUUGUCCACCCUGGCGAGAACGCCCGCCGGCGGGACCCACGGAAAUUCCACUACAGCUGCGUCCCGUGCCCCGACUUCCGGAAGGGCGCCUGCAGGCGCGGGGAUAUGUGCGAGUACGCACACGGCGUGUUCGAGUGCUGGCUCCACCCGGCCCAGUACCGAACCCGCCUCUGCAAGGACGGCACUAGCUGUGCUCGACAGGUUUGCUUUUUCGCGCACACGCAGGAAGAGCUCCGUCCCUUGUACGUGUCUACUGGUUCCGGUGUCCCAUCCCCGAGAUCUUCGGCCUCGACCCCGAGUUUUAUGGACAUGGCCUCGGCUCUGAGUAUAUUCCCUGGUUCCCCGACUUCACAGUCUGUGAUGUCUCCUAAUGGUAUGUCUCAUCCUUCACCGGCUUGGCCUCUGCCGAACGUUCCCACUCUUCAUCUACCGGGCAGCAAUCUCCAGUCGAGCCGGCUGAGGUCGUCGCUCAGCGCUCGGGACAUACCGCCCGAGGAUCUGAACCUGUUGCACGAUUACGAGACACAACAGCUGGUCAUGAAUGACCUGGCGCGUUUUCAGAAUUCCGGCAUUAACCGUCCCAAGGCAGCGGCACUAACUCCAUCCAAUCUUGAGGAGUUUUUUUCGGCGGAGAUGGGCUCAUCAUCGCCUAGAUUUUGCGAUGCGGCGGGUUUUGGUGCUUUCUCUCCUUCACACAAGUCGGCUGUUUUCAAUCAGUUUCAGCAGCAGCAGCAGAAGCAGAAUAUUAAUGCUAAUUUGGUCUUUUCUCCUAGAAAUUUGGAGAACCCUUUGUUGCAGGGUCCUUUUUCGUCCCCAAGAAGCGUGGAUCAGAGUUCACUUCUCUCAGCCAUUGCCCAGAGGGAGCGCCGUAGUCUCAGCUCUCGGGAGCUUGGGUCCCACCACCACGGCCCUGUUACUGCUGCUUGGCUGUCUCCCAAUAAUAAUAAUGGGAAAGCUGAGUGGUCAUCGUUUGAGAUGAAGAAGAAUGAUGAUGGGGUGGAAGGAGGAGAACCAGACCUUUCUUGGGUGCAGUCCCUUGUGAAAGAAUCACCACCUGAGAUGGACAAGGACAAGCAGCCAGCAUCCGGUGAGUGUUUGAAUAAUCAUACUACUAACUCUCAGACUGACUCUGUUUUGGGAGCCUGGCUUGAGCAGAUGAGGCUCGAUCAGCUCGUAGUCUAG